AGUGUUUCUGGUUUGCUCGUCGCGUUCUGUUGAGCUGGAAAAAUGUUCGGAUCGCUGAAUGCCAACCACGUGCGAAUGGUCAUUGCUGGCUCCACCGUAGUUGUAUCCCUCCUUAUCGCUGGCUUCACCACCACAUGGGUGGAGAUCCAUAAGUGCUGGGAAACCAAUGUGUGGCAUCAUGUUUGCCUGCUGCAGAUCAUCGGUGGAAUAUUUCUAUUCGUGGGCUCCUCAAAGAGUAAUCACUGGCUUUUCUUGCCCUGGCUGCUGGCAGCAUGCAUAUUUAUUUACACGCUUCUGUACAAAUCCAUCGUGUACUUCUACAAUCUGGAGGGCAGAAUGGUAUUCGCAGUUUUCCUCUUUCAAUCCAUUGCCGGUUUCUGGUCCUAUUUCAUGUACGAUGUCUUCCAGGACUUUCUUCAAAUGCACACUCAAUCGCAUCGGAAAAUGCUCAUAAUGGAGUCGGUGCAAACGGAAUAUUAGUGCGUUUGUCUUUUUUUUUUCUAGCCCAGUGAAAAACAGUUGAGCCGAGUGUAUGGGGCAAAUAAGUGUGAACAUGAUGUUUGCUGCGGGGUGUGCUUUUGUAGCCAAAAGUAAAAUAAGCGUUAAAAUGUCUGCUAACCCAGUGGAAGACUGGUCGGUGUGGUGUGGGUUGGGUUCCGGGUCUCUUCUGGGGCUUUUGCGGUAUCGUUGCAUGCGUAUUGCAUUACCCGUCCUGUCCCCAACCACCCACAACCCAUUGGCCCACCCCCUUUGGCACAAAGUGGCGUAUGAAUAGAUACAUGUUUUGUUGCCCGUUUUGUUCUGUUUGUCGUCCCAUAAGCCCCUUCUCCGCCUGUCUGUGGACUGGUUGUCGUAAUCCAACAAGCAGACAGGUUAAAUACACCGCAAGGACAGACUCACACACACACGCACACACACACAUACAGUGCGGCUGCUGGAAAAAAGUGUGACAAAGAUGGUGGGGAAAACUGGCGGGAAAUGGGCGGAUAUUCGGGGAGGCGACUCGAGUCGCGCGAUUCGGUUGGGAAACAGACGCAUCCAAACAAACAAUAAUCAUGCAACAAUAGUGAGAGCCGCAAACAAAUUGCUUUUCUAUGUAUACACUGGAGUACAGGGAGCUCAGUACACAGGGGAAAAAUAAGUUAUGUACUAUAAAUUACCAUCUACGAAAAAGAUACUUAUAGUGUAACAUAAUCAAUCAAUAUUGUGAAAGCAAUUUAAGUAAGAAAAUAUUAGUAAUAAUGUUUAUUUAUAUACAUAUAAUAUUCUAUUAAUUCAAUAAUUUUUAAGCUAGUUAGCAGUAAUCGCAUUCACGAGGGAUUAAUAUUUAUUAUUUAUUUACUUUAUAAAUUUGAUAAAGCCUUAAAAAGGCGCACUUAACUGAUAACGUGUGCUAAUAACAUAAAAUAACUGAUAAUACGUAUACGUAGACUUUGAUGAGCUUUCCUCGAUUUUCAUUUACCUUUUAAAAAAAAAACAUUUUAACAACUUACAUUUAUUGAGCUACUUUGGUUUUUCCAGUGAGCGUGUCAUGCUGGGGCUCACUAGCAGAUUAGUUUCGUCGCAAGUGUGUUUUUGAGUUUUAUUUUUGUAUUAUUUAGUUGUCUUUUUUUGCAGACGCACCAACCACAGAGAAUCAAAAGCCGCAUGGGCGUAGUCUGUGACACCUUUAAAAAAGGGGUGUAGAGCACUGGCAAUUAGAAUGGAGAGCGUAAAGUAAAGUUUGAAUGUCCUCCUCUUCUCAGCUCCUGUGUCGUGUUCUUGUCCUCAGAUCCUUGCAUCUUCCUUCCCAGCCUGCGAUGGGCUUUUGUUGUCUGCAAAGUUUGCCUUUGACACUGGGUGCCAGAUCCGCCCCCUUUUGGAACACCAAUCCCCAACCCCAUCCCCAGCCACCUGGCAUGCCGGCAAAAUGGAAUCCAUUCAUUCAAAUCUAUGUGAGCCUGUGAGCGUUAGUGUCUGUGCAGCUUGUUGAACAAAAUUGAAAAUUAACUAUAAAUUCUGUGUGGCAAAACAUGCAAACAUGUUUGCGGAAAUACCUGACAGACUCAGGAGGGUCAAACCAAGGGGGGGGGGGGUGUGGUUCGGUGCAGGAAAGAUCAGGGGAGGUGGCUGGGGAGUGGCACAAUCGAGCAGCCGAGGUGUCAAGCGUUGCAAACACCUUGGUGACAUCGAACCCUCCGCACAAAGCGAUUCAUUGUUGCGAAAUUUAAUGCGAAAAAUUCAUUAAAAUAAAAAACAGCAAACAAACUUUGAAUCCACCGGGAGCCCAAAUUGAAUCGCCCGAAAUUUGUGAUGGUUUUUUUUUUCGGCUGCACAGUGAAGCCCUUCAAAGGUGCUAAGUACAUACAAGGAGAGGCCAAAAAAAAGGUAGGGUGUUAACCCUUAUGACAAGUUGGGGCUCAAGGGGAUUGUGCACUCAAAAAAAAAAACUAAUUUACAAAAUUAAUAUUUUAAAUAAAAGUAGUAGAGAAAAUGUUGUUAAUAACUAUUAGAGGCAAUGAUGCUGAGCAAUGCUUGAGUAUUCAUUAGUUACUAGAUUCGAUGAAAAGUAUUUACCAGGUAGAAGGAUGAGUUUCCGGCCAUGUAAAGUAUGUAUCUUCUUGAUCAAUUUCAAUAUUCCAGUCGAACUGUCCAGGAGAAUUCGACCACAGCGUUCUCUCUUGUUAUAUAUAUUCACUUGGUGUUUUGCAGAAGUGCGACCACGCCCACGCGCAAAAAACAAUAUGAAUUUUCCCACAAAAAGAAAAAGAAGGAAAUGAAACCCAGACGGAAAAUCAAGGGAGCCCGAGUUAUUCCAAACGGCGGACCAGGAACAAUCAGCUAGACUUAACUAAUAAAUUCCCGUGAAUUCCGCACGCAGUGGAGUCGAAGCGGAAAUCAUUUAAGCUGCCAAAUCAGCCGGCCAGAUGGUCCAAACAAAAGGCCAGGGAGCCUGUAGAGAAAAGUGCCCCCAAACGGAAUGGGAGCUGCAAAAAGAAAGCGAUUAAUAUUCAUUCAGUGUCGCGCGUAUAUCACUUUUUAUUUGCACAGGGUCGUAGUUUUCUGGGCGAAAGGUAACCCUGCAGCGGUGGGCGUGGUAGGGGAAGGAAUGCCAGAGCAGGCGCCGCCAAGUAUGCAUGGGAAUUCGGCGCACGCAGCGGCAGGUGAGCUCGUGUGGCUGCUCCACUUGUUGUUGUGUUAAUGCGAAUGAGCAUGAGUGUGUGUGCCAACGCACAAUUACAUACAACAAUUUGUGCUUUGUUUGGCCGCGUGUGUGUGUGCAUGUGCGUGUGUGCGUUGGCAGGGAAUCCAAAUCACCAAAGAGCAAUCGUGGAGCAGCAACAUGGCCAGCGGAAUCAAGAUGGAGGUGGAUACUGUAAAUGCACUCGAAGAAAUCACAAGGAAUUCAAGGCAAAAUGUACAAAAAUUACUUCGCACCUAGGAACUCGGAUAUCAAUAUGAUAUAUUUCAGUAAUAAUGAACUACUCAACACUCUUUUUUUUCGCAAACAACACUAAUACUUAUUUUUCCAGUGCCCAGCGAAUCCGAGUUGGCCUGCGGAAAUCCAGUUGGCUUUGUGCCGCUGACACCUCCCACCGGAGGCCCCCUUCCCCUCUCCCCGUGGCCCCACUCAAAUUGGAAGCCCAAAUAUGAAGUCGAAAAGUGUGUGUUGUAUGUGUUUAAAAGGGUUUGGCUAGGGAUGGAUGAUACUAUUGAGGGGCGGCUCUAUCGUUCCUCCGGCGCUUAGUUUUCAAUGUGAAAAUUGAGAAAAAUUGCCAAACGAGUUGGUAAGCGAUAUUCUCGCCUGCUCCGCCUGCCGUUUGGUCCGAUGCCAGGUGAUGCAGUUGGGCCAUUGUUAGCCCAAAACCCACCUUGGCCCAAACCGACUCCAUCUUUGCCAGCCGUAGUUGUCUGCCUCUCCACUCACUUAUUGUUAGUUUCGCUCGCUUUGUUUUGACAACUUCUGGAGGAAUGCUCUGUGAACUGAACGCUUCGUCAAAUAAAAACGAGAAUUUUUGGCUUCAGUUUACUUCCGUUUGCUUUGACUGCCUGCUAUGCCAUCACUUGGCCACCCUGGCAAUUGGAGACCCAAGAAGCUGCUGGCAGCCAUAAAAUUACGAUCCAGCAGAGAGCAAAUGACGCGAAACAGUCGCACGGACAUGGCCAAGAGCCUCUGAGCCAAAAGGGGCUGGGGCAGCAACAACACGUUCCUUGCAUAAAAAUCGUGCAGGCCAUGCUAAAAACGUUUAUCCCUUUUAGCCCCAAGUUCGGCUCUGGAGGAGUCCUGCCAGCUCCCGCAGAACAAUGGCGGCGAAACACUGAGAAAAAUAAAUACAAAUCCUUAUUCUUAUUAGACCGUAAAGGAAAGUUGAAUUACAAAAUCAAAGUAAGUUAUUGUAGGAUAUUUGUUGUUUCAAAAGAACUUGCUUACAAGGUAUAGAUAUAUUUUGUUAUGUUUUGCAGUGCCUCGGAUUUUUUCCUGUGCACUGAAAGAACAAUUUCUUCGUCUUUAGUUUCAAUGGCCCCCACGACGGACCGAAAACCAUUUUAAAUGGAACGUAAGCCGAGACUGAUGGCCAGCAGUGGAAUACGAGGAGUUGAAGCAGGAGUGGGAGUGGCGGGCAGAUAAAUGCCGCAUCAUUGGUUAUUUAUAUGCGUGCGGAUCUCAGGUGGAUGGCCCUGGACUCAAACGAUAUAUUUAUUUGAUUUUAUUGAUAUACAAGCGGGCGUAAGUAGUGCAUAUCCAUCUCGGCCAACGAGUGGCUUAAGUCCUGGCCUGGCCUGGCCUGUCCCUGUCAUUACGACGGAACGAUACGGAACGGAGACCAGUUUCAGGUGAAUGUCGGCAUGGGAAAUUAAUUAAAUCGCAUUCAAAUGAUUGGCUACGUGCCAUUAUUAAUUCGAGCAUAAAUUAUUCCACAUGCCCUAAUUCCAAAUGAUUUUACUAUCCCCUUCGUCGCCGCCACCUCCGCACAAUCUGUGGUCAAUCACUUGAUUGGCCGCUCAACGAAUGGAUCUGAAAGUUUAAUGCAACACGUAUUGGCACUUCCAAUUUAUGGCAAUUAAGUGAAAGUUCUAUAAUCGCCAAAGAAGGUGUUGGAGAAAGGACUCUU